AUGUUCGAGUUUAAGGUCCCUGUUUGGUACACCUCUCCCACGGCGCAAGUGGUGCUGGUCGGCUUUACCUGCUUUGCCACGGCGGGCAUGUUCAGUGCUGUCUCGAACUUAGGAGCAGGAGGUCUUAGCGACAUCACUCUGUCGGAUACCUCCCAGGGCGUCCUUUACGGCCUCUUCGCCGUCACCGGCCUGGUUAGCGGCGGUAUCAAUAACUUACUUGGUCCACGGCUUACGCUCUUCCUUGGAACGCUUGGCUACGCGGUUUACGUUGGGUCGCUCUGGUGUUACCAGACCCAACGGGCCGGCUGGUUCGUUAUAUUUGCGGGGGCCCUCGAGGGCAUCUCCGCUGCGCUACUAUGGUCGGCGCAAGGUUCGAUAAUGAUGUCUUAUCCGCUGGAAAAGGACAAGGGAAAGGCCUUCUCCAUCUUCUUCGCCAUCUUCCAGUUUGGUUCCUUGCUCGGUUCCAUCAUCGCCCUCGCCAUCAACAUCGAGAGCGGGCAGCUCUCUGCUGUCUCUAAUUCUACAUACAUAGCAUUCUUGGUGAUCAUCUUCAUUGGUGUCGCCUCGUCGUUCCUCGUCCUACCUCCGCAUAAGGUCAUCCGAUCUGACGGUACGCUCGUCAAGCUCAAGGCAUCCACGAAGCUGCACGAAGAAGUCCUGGGAGUUCUUCGCCUCCUUAUGGACUGGCGCAUGCUCGCGCUCGUGCCGAUGUUCUUUGCCUCGAACUACUUCUACGCCUACCAAAGCGCCGUCAACACCGCACGUUUUGAUAGCGCAACCCGGGCACUGAACGCGACCCUGGAAAGCGCAGGUUCCAUCGUCGGCGCGCUCCUGAUAGGGUACUUCUGCCUUGACUUCAAGGGGCUCCGUCGCCGCACCCGAGGCUACCUUGGCCUCGCAACCGUGGCCAUCGUCGUCGCAGUCGUCUGGUCCGUCGGCCUCGCGUGGCAGGUCACUUUCACCCGUGCCGACUUGAAUGACGCCAACCGUAUCAACUACCACGACGAUAACUACAAGGGAAAGGGGGCGCUUUUCUUCUUCUACUUCUUCUCAUACGCCUGCUACCAAGCGCUAGCGUAUUGGAUCAUGUCCGCGCUCUCGAACGACCCCUUCACGCUUGCGCGCUACGCAGGGCUCUACAAGGCCGUGCAGUCCGCGGGUGCCGCGGGCGCGUUCGGCAUGGAUGCAGUGGGGACCCCGCUCCUAAACGAGCAGCUCGCGUCGGGGAUCCCGAUGCUUGUCUCGUUCCCGCUCGCAUGGCUGGUGCUGCGCACGGUGAAGGAGACGAACUACGGAGACGAGGAAGCGGUGUACGUCGACAACAAGAGCGCGGACAGCUUGGAGAAGGGGAGCGUGGAAGACCGCGGGAACGUACCUGCGUCCCAUCUCUAG